CUUGCGGCGAUCGCCUUGAGCAUCUCGCUGUUCCACCUCGUCGGCUCGACCUCGCCUGCCAUGGACGCGAGUAAGAUGAAGGAAGCCAAUAUCGUCCCCGACAUGAUCACCACCGUCCCACCCAACGUUGUCGAGGUCAAAUAUGCCGAUUCCAAGAAGGAAGUCCGCAUGGGGGAGGUCCUCACGCCGAGCGACGUCAGGAAUGUUCCCGAGGUGACCUUCAAGGCCGAUCCGUCCAGCCUUUACACCCUCGUGAUGGCCGACCCCGACGCCCCGACGCCCAGGGACCCGAAGUUCCGCGAGCUGCUCCACUGGAUGGUGAUCAACAUCCCCGGGAACAACGUGACUUCCGGGGACACGGUCGUGGAGUACAUCGGGAGCGGGCCGCCUCAGAACUCGGAGGCGCAUCGGUACGUCUUCUUGGUCUUCAAGCAGCUGGGGACGAUCGAGCCGGGUUGGGUGAAGCACAUCGACAACAAGACGAGGGACGGGAGGCAGAAUUUCGAGGUGACCCGCUUUGCGAGGCAGUUUCGGCUGGGCGAUCCGAUCGCCGGCAACUUCUUUCGGGCC